CUCUCAACUCCUCUAUUGAAAAACACUCCCUCUCUCACUCCCUUUCUCUGUGUCUCUGUGGGACCCAUCUGAAGAUCAGGAUGCUAUGCUGUAGAGUGUUUAUCCUGGCUUUGCUGUUCUCUCUCCUCAUCAUCACCCUCAUUCCCACCACACAAUCAGGUGAGUGCUAACGCACACACACACACUAUAUAUGUACAUUAACCUUAGUACAAAUACAUGCACGCAAUGUCUCUUGCUGACACACAAAAAAAAACUUGUAUGUGUGUAGCGGACUGUUGUCUGAAGUACACUCAGCGUCCGUUGCACUGCCGAUGGCUGAAAGGCUACACCUUCCAGGACAUGACUUCCUCAUGUGACCUCAACGCUGUCAUGUGAGUUAUCCUCCAAUCACAGCCUAGCACAUUGUGUGUAGAAUAGUGGCUGAAUAUCAAUUGUAUUUCCUUGAUUCCUCUUAUCUUCUCCUUAUCCAAUGCAUUUGGAGGCGAGGAGAGAUGAUCCGAGGAAAGACAAUUGACAUUCACUCACUGUGUGUGUGUAAUGUGUGUUGACAUUGCACUGUGUUGUGCAGCUUCCACAAUCGAAGGAAUAAGUUUGUGUGUGCCGACCCCUCUCAAGACUGGACCAAGAGGGCACUACGCUGUCUGCGGUGAGUACACUUGUGUGUGUGUGUGUGCGCGUGUGUGCGCAUGUAGGCGUUGAAAAAGUUGUGUGUAUGUUUGUUUAACUCUUUGUGUUUGUGUGUGUGUUCUGUUCAUAGCAAGCGUCAGGAGAAAAAAUCCCAACUGAAGAAAAGUGUCUGAACACAUGAUGACGUGGAGAAGGCUGGGAUUUUCUCUGGAGAGAUGUACAGCUCUAUCUUUCAUUAUAGAACACCAUUUAAUAUAUUAUUGAUAUGCUAUUAUAUCUUUACUGAGACAAACAGCAAUAUAUCUCAAUAUACAGAGAGAUUUGUGAAGGUUAAGAGGUUUUUAACCUGAGAAGUCUGUAUUCAUACAAAUCAUUUAUUGUAAGUGAUAAUUUUUCAUAAUAUCUGUGAUUCUGAGGUAGUUUGAGUUUAAUCUCAGUUUGUGUAUAAUAACUGUAUUUAUCAUCGUUGUUGGUCUGUUUUAUAAACAGCAAGUGUAGUAUUUAUGAUAUGCAUGUAGAAACAUUAAAACAUAGAUUUCACACAGAGUACCACAAAAUAUUUUUUUGUUGAUGUUUCAUAUCCUCUCUCCAAUUGGAGCCAGAGAAAACCUUUUUUACUUUGUAUUUCCAAAGUGUCCAAAUCUCUGUAUGAGUUUUACUCAAGUGUACUUACUGUAAGCUCAGAGCUAUGAAAUAGAUAAUAAAAUAUGUAUUUAAAAA